AUGCAACUGACUGGUAAACUUCAGUUGUGCCUGUUUUUGUUCAUUAUCGAGCAAAUAUUAGCCGUCUCUUAUAAUCAGCCAAAGUUUUGUUCACAUUCAUGGUACCCAAAUGCUACAACUAUUGCUGAUAACAACACUAUUAUUGGAACAUAUUUCAAUGAGAUAUUUAUCGAUAGGAAAAACACCAUUUUUAUUCCUAAUCAACAUAAUGGAGAAAUUCUUGUUCAAAGUGAAGAUAAUCGAACGCUGGCAACAGCGAUAUCGGGUAAUUUCUGCAAUGCUUCCAGUUUCUUUGUCGCAAUGACCGGGGAGAUUUAUGUUGAUACAUUUCAUUCAAUUGAGACCGGGGGAAGGGGGGUAGUUGGUAAAAUAACAACAAAUUCAACAAUAAUUCCGAUAUCCAGAAUGAAUAUUUGUCAUCAAUGCUUAGAUAUAUUUAUUGACAUGAGCAAUACACUUUACUGUUCAAUCACUGAACUUCAUCAAGUCAUUGCAAAAUCUCUAUCGAAAAAUUAUGAACAUUUGACCAUUGUUGCUGGAACAGGCACGGCAGGUUCAACAUCAACAACACUUCGAAAUCCAUAUGGAAUAUUUGUUAAUACCGAUGCGAGUUUAUAUGUUGCAGAUUGUGGUAACGAUCGAAUUCAGUUAAUCCCACCAGAGAAAUUAACUGGGAUAACGAUAUCUGUACACGCCUCGUUAGCAACACCACUCAAUUGCCCUACAAGUGUUGCUUUAGAUGGAAAUAAUUAUUUGUAUAUUGUUGACUCUAAUAAUCAUCGUAUCGUCGGACAAAGAUCGAGCGGCUUUCGAUGUAUAAUAGGUUGUUCGGGUGCUUCUGGUUCGGCACCAAAUCAAUUGUUAAAACCAUGGAGUUUAACUUUUGAUAGCAAGGGAAAUAUUUUCGUUACUGAUCGAGGAAACAAUCGCAUCCAAAAAUUUAGUCUCACGGAGGAAUCUGAUAUUAAUUAUAAUUUUUCAUUGGCACCUAUGGUUACCUAUACGACUGGCAGUUGUCCAGACAUGAUUACUCUUGGCGAUUUUAACAAUGAUAAGCGUACAGAUAUUGUUGCUGCCAAUGCUUGCGGAGGUAGCAUCAGCAUUUUUCUUGGCUACGGUAAUGGAUCUUUUCAAACAGCAAUCACAUCAAAUGCUAGUUCGCUCUCUUCGCCAUAUGCUAUUGCCGUUGGUAUGUUCAACGGUGAUCAGUUCUUAGAUGUCGUUGUCAGUGACAGGCGUGGUACGAAUUUUGGAAUUCUUCUUGGAUGUGGAAACGGAGCGUUGGGAACGAUGAUGUUGUAUGCAACUGGUAGUAUAUCCUAUUCGAUCGCUGUUGGCGACUUUAACAAUGAUACACAACUCGAUGUAACUGUUGCUAAUGCGAACGCUGGUGAUGUAGGUAUUUUUCUUGGAUACGGAAAUGGAUCUUUUCGGUCACAAACGACUUUUGCAACCGGUACAAACCCAUAUUCAGUUGCUACUUGCGACGUUAAUGGUGAUCAACGGCUAGAUCUGGUUGUUGCUAAUCGAGGCAGUAACACUGUAAGUGUCCUCCUUGGAUAUGGAAACGGAUCUUUUCAAUCACAAAGAACAUUUUCCACGGGUUCAUCUCCCUGUUCAGUUGUCUGUGCUGACAUUGAUGGUGAUCAAGUAACAGAUAUGGCAGUCGCUAAUACAGAUGGUAAUACCGUAAGUAUUCUUCUUGGAUUCGGUAACGGAAACUUCACAACACAGAAGAUGUUUGCAACUGGCACUUCUCCAUACUAUGUCGCUGUUGCCGAUUUUAAUCGAGAUAAUCGUAUGGAUAUAGCUGUUGUUAAUUUUGGUAAUAAUACUUUGGGCAUUCUACUUAGCAAUUGCAGUGACAGUUUUGCGACACAAGUGACGUUUAAAGCCGGUACUGGCCCAUGGUCAAUUGGUAUUGAUGAUUUUAAUAACGAUUGUGGCCUAGAUAUCGUCGUCGGUAAUGGAAAUAGUCUAAGCGUUGGAGUAUUUUUAGCCAAGUAA